AUGGCCACCAAAGUCCUCACACCGCCAAAGGUCGACUCCCAGACCUUCCACCAACCCAGACCCCGACGCUCCUCUCCGCCCUCCUCGACGUCGCUGUACAUCUCCACAUCCCCUCCUCGACACUGUUCGAGUCCGAGGCAGUCAUCAUUCACUCACUCCGCCGAGCACCUCGAGCGCGUCGAUUCACCUUCACCUACCACAUCCUCACUAGAGUCCUCACCUCAAUCGUCGAUGCUCAACUUCUCGCACAACUCUUCCCUCAACUCGACACCACUCACUGGCGGUCUUUCCUUCGAAGGCAGCAUUGGCACACCUGACGAGGACAUCGACUUUCCCAACUAUGGCGACUUUUCAGGCCUCAAGAAGGACGAUAGCGCGUCAACAAAGUCGGGCGAUGACGAUGUGGAUACCCCUGGGAUCUCAGCGAGCACAGAUACCACUCGCUCAGACUCGCCUUUACAUACACCGACUGUUGCCGACGACACAGCGAUCAAGCAGCAGCCUUCACAGCACGUCGACUACCUCAGUCAUGACUGGAGAGAAGAGGAUAUAUGGGCGUCGUGGAGGCAUAUCGUCUCGCAGAGAAAGGUAUACGGACAGAGAUCGAGGCUGGAGAACGCGUCGUGGAGGACAUGGGCGAAGUCGAAGUAUCACCUUCGAACUAUUUCGCCCGAGACACUCAAUUGGCUCAAAGAGUCCGACGUGACAUGGCUGUAUGGCCCUCUGAAGCCUGCUCAAACCCACCCCAUCACCUCCAACGCCUCCACCCCCCAAUCACACCUCUCGAAGAGCAGCUCAUUCGUCAAGAAGCCGAUAUUGAAGAAGCGGAGUGUGUCCGAGGUCAUGCUGCAGAAAUCGCUAUCGACAUCAUCACUGGUCAAGCAAGCAGCUGCUUCCGUACAAGCUCAAGCGACAAAGUCGCCUCGCAGGGGUCUUAACAGGGUCAACUCCGAGCUGAGCUACGCGGUCAACGCCCCGUCACAGCCACCCAGCAGAGAGGAGAUUGACUACUUUAGCAUUCGAACGGGCAGCGCUGUGAGCGAGACGCCUUCGGAUACCAAGGAGAAGCAUAUCAGAUUUGAUGAGAGGGUGGAACAAUGUGUGGCCAUCGACUGCAAGGACCCAGCAUACGGCGACUUUGACGAUGAGAUCGAGGACGACCCACAAAACAGCUCGCUUUCAGAGUCCAGCAGCGAUGAAGGAUUGUUAAUGAUGAGCAAGAGCAAAAGGACACCCACGGGCAGAGAGCGGCCGAAGGGCCGACUCAGCAGAACGAACUCAUCACAGGGGAAGAUGAUUGAGACGAUUGAAGCCACGACUCUGAAAUACCGAACAGAUAGCCCGGACGUGCCGGAACAACCACCACAGCCCGCUCAACACCAUACCUUUGGCUCGGGGUGGGGCUCUGGCGCGCUUUCGCAUUCGCCAUCGCAGGAAACAUUACGACCGAGCAGACCCUCGAGAAAUUUCCUGCUCGUUGAAGACGAGGAAGAAGACGCCGACGCCGACAACUCCGCCUCCUGGUCCUUUGGCGCCAGCAACCCCAAAUCCUCCCUCGGAGCAUCCGUCAAAGACGCACCUUCCAGCAGUCGCAACGACAACAACUUUGUCCUUUCGGAUGGCUACGAAGGAAUGCAGGGUAUGCGAAGAACAGAGAGUGGCAUGUUCAUGCCCAUCGACGAGGACGAAGACGAUCUGGUGGCUGCCGGGCUUUUUGGCCGCGUCAGCGAGACGGUGAAUACGGUCAAGGAUAUCGGGUGGGUGUUGUGGAAUUCUUUUUCGCAGAGGCGGGACUCUUGA